GCACACGUCCCAAACGACGCGGCGCAAGUUCAGCGACAGUAGCUAUCCGUCUGCCAUGGAGAACGGCACAGGAACGCAGGGCGAGGGCAAGGACCCGUCAGGCUUCUUGAGCGAGAUUAUCGGCCAUCCCGUCACAGUCAAGCUCAACUCGGGCGUCGUCUACAAGGGCGAGCUUCAAUCGGUGGAUGGAUACAUGAACAUUGCCCUGGAGAAGACCGAGGAGUAUGUUGACGGGGUGAAGCGGCGGAGCUACGGUGACGCAUUCGUCAGGGGCAACAACGUCAUGUAUAUCUCGGCCGAUUGAUGAGCGCCUGAACCCAGAAACAAUCCCGCCAUUGGCCAUGAUAUAGCUGACGCUGUGGGGAGGGGGGUGUACUGCUGGGAUGAGUACCGCCCAACCGGCAGCUUUUUCCCCGCCGACCGUGAAGGCCCAGGGCGAAAUUUUGUCAGCUUAGCACGGAACACUUAGGGCGCUGUGGAAAAGGCAAGGCCGCAGCGGGUGGGCUUCCGCUUUCGUUUUGCCAAUCGGCCUUGAGGCGCGUUGGUGAAGGAGCGCCGGGACGAACUCUCCUGGGCUCCAACUGGCAACCAAUCCUCAUCAUCAGCAACGAGCCACGCAGCAAGCAUGCUGCAAUCAGGCGUAUGGGAACAGAGCGUUGGAUUCGCAAAAAAGGGUGCUUUAUUCAUGGCUGAAAAACGCGCUAGCAAUCUAACUAG